CGUCAGAGCCGGCAAGAGUCAGUUGAAAACAAACGAUUGCGAUAGUCACUAGCGACUAGCGAGUUUCUCUGCGAUUCGCAUACAAUUUGCAUUGCUAUCUCACAAGUUUUAACUAGUAAUUUAUCUAAAAGAAGAAGAAAUGGCUCUCCUACCAUUCUUGUUGGAUUAUGAGCUUGAGCGCCCCCGCCGGUUGAUGGACCAGCAUUUCGGGUUGGGGCUGACGCCGGACGAUCUGCUGAGCGUGGUUGCCGGUCCCAUGGUGAGCCGGGAGUACUACAGACCCUGGCGCCACUUGGCCGCCGCUACUCGCGAUUUGGGCUCCAGCAUCAAGAGCGACAAAGACAAAUUCCAAGUGAACCUCGACGUUCAGCACUUCGCACCGGAAGAAAUAAGCGUUAAGACCGCUGACGGCUACAUCGUGGUGGAAGGCAAGCACGAGGAGAAGAAAGACCAGCACGGUUUCAUUUCGCGGCAGUUUACCAGGCGGUAUGCGCUGCCGGAGGGUUGUACCCCUGAGACGGUGGAGUCGAGGCUGUCUUCAGACGGUGUGCUGACUGUGAUUGCCCCAAGGAAAGUGCCCCCUGCAGUGCAAGGGGAACGCAGUGUGCCCAUCGCACAAACCGGCCCAGUUCGGAAGGAAGUGAAGGACCAGUCGAACGGAGACAAGGCUGAAUAAGUUAUUUAAGUCAUUCCACUUUUCUCUUUUGUUGUAAGACUGAUUUAGUUUUUAAUUUCGUUAAUAAAUUUUUCAAUUAUCUAAGUACAUA